AUGGUGUUCAGUCCCAUGAUCAUUUCUCCUCGUCCGCGUCGUCUAUCCGAGUCCGGCAGCACCCAUACCCUUCGUACCAUGCAUCCGCAGAGUCCGAGAGUUCCUGCUUCCAACACCCGUAUUCGACCGAAUUCUGUCAGUGGAGUUACGCGCACGCGUACGAGCCCAGUGGAUCCGUCGCGUCCCAUUUUUCAGAUGCACUCGAGAGACAAUUCCGACUGGUACUUGUUCCACGACGAAGAUAUGUCAGAAGAAAGCUCUGCUCCGCCAUCCCCGCCUCUUCCAGAGCUAACAUACCAGCCUGCGCCAGCCGUGACCAUCGUCCACGCGCAUGACUCCCAACCAUGCGACCUCCCAGUACCUCUUCAGGAUGCGGGGAAGAUGCCAGACAUAUCCAACCGCAGGCUGAUAGUGGUACUGGAGCGGGCUUCAUUGGAGCCCUGCUGGGUGGAUACAACAGGGCACCAUACUGCACGAACGCAAACAGCGUCAAAGUGUACGUUGCUGAACUGCGACGAGCACCAGAAGCUCCUCAUGCGAAUGGGAAGAGAGAUUAGUGAAGCCAGGCCGGACAUUACUCACCAGUGCCUGCUCACGCUCUUAGACUCACCUUUGAAUAAAGCAGGGUUGCUGCAGAUAUAUAUCCAUACUUCUCAACGCAUUCUCAUCGAGGUACAUCCUGACGUGAGAAUCCCGCGCACGUUCAAGCGUUUCAGCGGACUUAUUGUUCAAUUGUUGCAACGGGGAGCCAUUCUGGGCGCAUCCGAUUCAAAAGUAUUACUCCGAAUAAUAAAUGGCCCUCUUGACGCUCAUCUUCCACAUGAUGCGAUCAAAAUUGCGCUCACUGGGAACGCGGCACCUCGAAGGUUACAACCAUACCUCCGUUCGCUCGCCCCUUCGCGACCAAUAGCGAUAUUCGUGGGCGCGAUGGCUCGUGGACCUGACAACUUCGCGGAACACAUUGUCGACGGCAGGCUGAGCAUCAGUGAACAUGCACUGAGCGCGUCUGUUGUGUGCGGUAAGUUCUGCUGUGCGCUGGAGGACCUAUGGGACAUUGUGUAA